AUGACGCAACUACUCGGGAGCAUAUUUGAGGAGCUGGGCCUCACCCAGUAUUUGGAUGCCUUCAUAGAUCAAGGGUUCGAUACGUGGGAGACCAUCCUAGAUGUCACCGAGUCCGACCUCGUUUCGGGCGGUAGCGAUGCAUUGGGGGUGAAACUAGGUCACCGUCGGAAACUUCAAAGGCGGAUCGCCAAUUCGAGGGGGGUUGCUCCGGACGUGUCCUUGUUGUCGCCAACACAGGCGGCUAUUGAGGAGCUUAAGUUGCAGGAUGUUGUCAAGACCGAGGUGCCACCCGUUGACGGCCGAGAGGCUGUCGGCCCCGUCACCACAAAGAGGAAGUACCGGCGGCAUCCCAAGCCGGAUGAGAAUGCGCCGGAGCGGCCACCUUCGGCCUAUGUGCUCUUCUCUAAUAAAAUGCGCGAGGAGCUCAAGGGCCGAAACUUGAGUUUCACCGAAAUUGCCAAGUUGGUGGGCGAGAACUGGCAGAACUUGGGAGUGGUCGAGAAGGAGCCGUUCGAGUCCCAAGCCCAGGCCAUGAAGGAUAAAUACCUGAGCGACCUGGCCGAGUACAAAAAGACCCCCGAUUACAGGAAGUACAAUGCCUAUCUCCUAGAGUUCAAGGCCAAACACGCUUCUCCGUCUCAAGACAAAGAUGCUUCGAAGCGGCCCAGGCUCUCCGAGUUGUCAGGAGGCCAACAACCUCGCGCCAGCCCUAGCUCGGGCACGACGAGGACUAGCCGUAGCGGGAGCGGCGCCGACAGCAGAAGAGGAAGCGAACCGCCCAGUUCAAGACACAGAGUGCCCUCGGCCAUCUCCAGCGACUCGCAGUCGUCCUCGUCCCUCGCCCCGUCGACGGCGAUCACGUCACCUGAGGACUCCGUCCUCUCUCCCUCGGACAGCAACAGUGACUCACGUUCCUCAGAUCCCUCGCCCCCUCUCCGUUCGGACGGGAACAAGCCGUCAUCAUUCUCAUCAGCUCGCCAUUCUAGCCAAGGAGAUGGACAAAUCUUCCGCGAACAGCCAAGCAUGCAUAGGCACCUCCCGUCACUCUCCAACAUAUUAGACGGGUCGGGGCUCCCGAGUGAAAUACGUCCUCCGAGCGACCCACCGGGAUAUCACUACACUCCAAACCACCCUGCUGGCAGCCCAGGACCUCAUCCUCUCGCCCAUUCGAACGGUGACACCCGCCCACUAACAAACGGGAAUCUCUCACUCUACAACAGCGCGCAUCCCCCCUCGCAAUCUUCAUACAGCCAAGCCCGCCAACCGGUCGAUGGCUCCUUGCCAAUACACGCGCUGCUGAGCUCCAAGCCAGAACCUCCCGCGUUUGCCCACCACCAGCCGCCGACACAUUUGCCUCCAAGUUCAUACGCCGUCGAUCCGAAUGCUCGUCCCAUGCCCCAGUCUCCGAUCGGUGCCACUAACGCCUCUGCCACAAACGGGUACCAUCAACAUUCUCAGCCAUUACCACACCAUCACCCUCCCAUGAAUGGCGGGUCCCAGUUCACUUCUCAGGGCUUCUCUUCGCAGCAACAGCCACCACAACAACCCGCGAAACCAGCCUCUCAUUUUGACGGCAUGAAUGCACUCCUUAAAGCCGGUGAGAUUGUUGACCGCAGGGCAGAGUGA